GGACCACAGCGCUCACUCGAAAGAUCAAAGAAACUCUCUACAAGGACUCAUCGACCAGAAACCAGAAAGAUGUCUCACCACCCUGCUUACACUAUGGGCACACUCUGUUUUGUCGGAGGUGCCGCCGGCUACGCUCGGACCCGUUCGAUCCCGUCCAUGGUCGCCGGUCUCGCCCUCGGAUCCAUGUUCAUGCUCAGCGGUUUGAGGAUCAAGGAGGGAAUGAGCUACGGGUAUGAAGGAGCCACUGGCACAUCGCUUGCGCUCGUAGGAGCCAUGGUACCACGAGCUAUCAAGACCCGUGGACCUAUCCCAAUCGCUCUCGCUACUGCCGGGACGGCCGCUGGUGGAUAUUACGCCAAGGCCGUCAGAGAUUACAGCCUCUAAUUGCUGAGCAUUCAGCGUUGCUGAUGGUCACAAUACUGCUCGGCGACAUACUGUAUAUCUAUAAGGAUAGAGACGCCCUCCUACUACAAUAUGAACAUGAAUCAUACAACCAGCGUGGA